GAUCGCGGGCGCACAGCACGCACCGCGCACGCCGCCGCCGCCGCCACAACACUACACUACACACUACGCGCGGGUCCGCGUGAGAUUAUCCAAGUGCACGCAAAACGGUCAAGCUACCCACUUGCGCAGAGUCGGUGUAAAGGAGUAUCAGUGGAACUAUAGGGAUAUCUAUAUGCGCAAUCGGACUUACCGUUAAUACGGAUGUGUGUGCUUUUGACGUGUGCUUUAAUACCGUAAACAUAAGAAAUAACCCCUCACCACUACAGCACGAAUUUGUGCCAACUACACUUAAAACGAGUGAAUUUUACCUGAGAGAAAAAAAAAACCAACGCGUUAUGAUUUAUUUAUGCAUUUCGUAAAAAACUGGUUUCUGCCACGCACGUUUUUGUUGUUGUUUCUUUUUUACAUGCGUGCACCAUCGGCACACGCGAAUGACCAACAUAAUAAAACAUCGAUGUGAACAGCAUCUUUUGUUUCGAAAUCAACAGCAUCAGCAUGAAUUUUAUCUGCGACACUUUAUCGUUGACUCACACAAUUUUAUCUUACAGUUGUUAAUGGUGUGACACUUCCACGUAAUAAUAUACAAAACAAUCGACAAGUGUUAAUCUUUCAAAGAGAAUAAAAAUUGUUGUGAUGUUAUACCUCUAAUGGCUUAAAUAAAUGUGAUGUUUAAUAGCGUAUUUCAUCCUUCGACUACUAAUUACUAACGGUCGGAAUAAAUCUAUUGUCUGUGUGUUGUGUGUCUCAAAGUGUGUCAAUGUGCGACGCGAUUGGUCAGCGAGUAAAAUACUGCGUUCAAUUAAUAAAAUUAAUUAAAUUGGAUGCGGUUGCAAUGUGGGGGGGACAUGCGAGCAGAUGUUAAACCAAUCGGAAACAGUGAAAUGUAAACAUUUGAGACAUUGUUCGCCAAGAUGGGCGAUAGUUGUGCGCGAGUGUUAAUCGCGGACAUUAAAUAGUGGUUCUCAGGAUGCAUUCGCGACCAAACACGAUUUUGGGCGAUGGCAGGGAGCGGGCCAUCUUUCCCAGCGCGCAUCACACGCUCAACUCAACGUGAAGCAACUAUGUGACAGAUUAAAACCAACGGUUUAACGCUGAUUAAGCCUAACGUCGUUUAACGAUAGAAACUUUCUAAUGCACCACUUUGCAACCAACGAAUUUUUGAAUUUAAAUUUACGUUUCGUAUAACCAUAUCGGUCUCAUAUCAAGCGAGAUUAGUGCGCGUCUAAAACUAGAGUGUUAAAGACAGAGUCUUGAAAUGAUGUACUUGACGAAGAUUUUAUUGCCUGUUGAUUUAUGAAAAGUUUAUUGAGAAGUUAUAAUUCGUAUCCACGUCGGUUUAUUGAAGCGUAGCAAGAUGAGCGAUGAUAUGAUGGACAACUCAGCAUUGAUGCCGCACCACCCAAGCGGAUACGAUCCGAAUGUGGAUUACAUCAUCAGUGACUAUAUGGAGCGUUUGGGUACUCGGUUGAAUAUUCUAGAGACUGAGUUGAAAUAUGCGUGGCGUGCGCUGGACUUGCUCUCCCAGGAGUAUAUCAAGAUGUGGGAGCGGCUGGAGAAGCUGGAAAGCCUACUCUACGAACAACAGAGUGUCAUUGCUCAACUGCUGGACUUUUACACCUCCGGCAGUGCGACUCAAGGGAAUGAAAGAUCCGCCUUGAUGGACGGUCGACUUGGAGAGUUGGAGGUUAUAAGAGAGAUACUCGGAAAUGGCACGGUGGAGGACGGACUUGAAGAAGGCGUGGAUGUAACGCGGCAUUCGUCUCAAGGCGCAAUAGUACAGGAGAUAAUGACUUUGGAUAUGGAGGACGUCAAUGUGCCGGACGAAGCUUUCUACCGGAGUCUGAACGCGGCAUACCGGGAGGACCUUAUGCCACCCGAUACGGGAAAACCCAGUCAACAAUUGGGGAUGAUUUGGGAGGAACGCGAAGAGUCUAAUAAUGACACCAACGGGGACGAUAAGAUGGAACUGAGGCAGUUGGAAGAGGAGAUUCGGUUAGAAGACGAACAGGAUGUGUACUCUGCAAUGGAUUACAAAGACUACAGAGGGGACUCGCCGUGCGUGAGUGAACAGGAUUUAGCACAGCUGUCGCGCAUCAGCUCCAUCGAUAAGGUUGCCGUUGAGAAGCUCAAUGAGUUGGACAGGUUAAGCGCCAAGCUGCAGCAGGAUUCCUUCAACAUUAAGCAACUGCAACGGAAGCUAUUAGAGUCGCCACAUAAAGAAGCGAGCGGUGCGGACGGGGCUGCUGCGAAGAAAAAGGAAGAACUAAUGCCCGCGGAGAAUUGGAGUUUCUCUAGUGCAGCAGGUCGUGAUCAUGACGACAUGAUGAUCCUCGGGAAAUCGGAUAUCCCCACAACAAUAUCCUAUAUGUCUCGACCCAGCUCUCGGCCCAGUUCCAGACUGUCGAUGAGCGAGAGCAUGAUCGCUACUGAUAACGAGGUUGCCGAGACGUUGGCUUCCGGCGCAAGAACGCCAACAUCGCCCAGGCGGCGCCAGCUGGAAGUCAGUUCCUGUUCGGCGCCGUACACUACAGUUACGGGCCGAUUGGCUUACAGUGCUGCUGUGCACCAUGCCGAAACUGUUGAAGCAGCGGCAACCGCCUCCUCGCACAACCCGUUUAUAUCGAUGAAUCCCUUCUAUGCACCAGACGGAGAGGAGUUGUUGCCAUCUGUGCCCUUUGAAACAGUUCACUGUUCGACCCCGUCGAUAUUCAGCGUCAAGUCGGAGCGGGCGCAAUCUCCAACGCUUUCAAUAAGCAGCGUACGCACAAGGCAGGAUGGUUACAUCGGCACAGAUCCGGUGCCAACACCGUCGCCCCACCAUCAGCAGCAACAGCAAUUUAGUAAGAACGAAGAACCUAGUCCACCUCCACCUGCGCCUCAAGACAUCGUCUCCAGCGAUGGUUACCUGAUGCCAGGUUUGAGUCAUAGCCAUACGCAGCGCGCACCCAGUCCAGUCUUCCUCGGUGCCGACGGAUCUAAGCUAUCCAAGUCAAUUAGUAGCGAACACGGUGGUCGUCUCAGUCCGAAGGUUCCACACUCACCAAAAUCGCCGCGCACUUCACCCAAGCGCAGCAAAUCGCAUUCGUCGACCACGAUUCAAACUGCAAAAUCUGAUUCUGGUCUGUCGUCAAUGAGCGGAUGGUCUAGUCUGGAGAAGUCGCCUGGCUCACCAAAGAACGGUCCUGCAUCUAAGCAAGCCCAGCAGCAAGCUCAACAAUUGCAAUAUUUGCAACAACUGCGAUCUACGUCACCUCACCCGCCAGCCGCUGAAGUGUUGCAGGUUCCAACUUGCAGUGCUAUUUUACCCGGCGGUCAUCAUCUCUCUGCAUUUACCACUGUAAAGUCUCCAUGUAGUUUGGAAGCGGUUGAAGGAUACGGGACAUUUGUACCUGCUCCAGCACCUGCGUCUGACAUUAACGUAUCGCCGCGUCCCAGGCCUAAGCAUCAUCACAAACCACCACCUAGUGAGCAACCUGCUAUUUAUUCAAUGGCAGGUGGCAGACAAGAUUCUUUCACUUCGGUCUAUACGAGCAAUAGCUCAGGGCAGUUGAACCAUGCGCAUGCUGUAAAAUAUCCCGACCUGGUUCAACCGUACGAAAGCAGUGAAUCACAACAGUUGCAACAACUCCACGCCCAAAGACAGCAUUUACAACAGCAACAACAACAACUGUUGCAGCAACACCAGCUGCAGCAACAGUUGGCGCAAGAACGUCAACAAGCACGCCAUGAAAGACAGGGUCGAGAAUACUAUCAAAGCAGUCCUGAUAUGCACGCUAUUCGUCGCAAGUCUUUGAAUCGAUCCUACUCGACUAGUAACGGCAGUGAAAACAUACAAAAUCACGAUGGUUAUAAAACAGCUAUGCAACGAACAAUGUUUCCUACUGGUAAUAUCACAGAUGCGUUAACUUAUUAUCCUACAUCAUCCAGCCGGUAUGAAGGACUGUCAGCAGCCGGAGGUGUUCCUGUCGACUACAACGACCCAUCGAAUUGGCUGGCGUUUCCACCGCAUCCCGAUGGUUACGUAGACAGCGCUUCCACGUCCAGCUCAAUGCGGUCCAUGGACACUACUGCAGAGAGCGCUUAUUCUCCAUACAUGGAUCAACAACGAAGACAUCCACCUAACUUGAGGACACCGCAACAUCAACCACAUCCACCAGCGCAUCCUCAACAUUCGCCGCACAUGGUCGCUGCACAUUCUCCCCAUCACCAUCCUGAACAUCAGCAGCAUGUUCAGCAACAUCAACAACAUCCUCAGCAUCAACAUCAGCAUCCUCCUCAGUACCAAUCACAACCAAUAUAUCAAAAUCAACAAGAAGCCUACGCUUGGGGCCAACGACAGGAUGGUUCUUACUUGGAACUGGAUUUGCGAAACCGCAAUGUGCCUGAAUAUCUUGUACAACAACAACAGCAUGGCGCAGAUAGGAAAUAUUAUGAUUCGGGUCUACUUGUUUCUCAAGCAGGAUAUAUUUCUUGUAAUAUGAACGAACAGGCGAUGCAGUCGACUGCGCCCAGUCAGAAAUCAUCUAAGAAAUUAAUCAAACGUGGAAGUAUUAAGUCGGCGAUGAAUUCUGUAAGUCAAUGGUUGCCUGAUUUGCAUCUUUCCAAACGAAAUCGCUCGUACUCGUUGCCUGGAAACAGUCGUACUGAUGAAGAACCCCCUACUCCUUCGUCCGCUCACCAUAAAAACGUGUUUAGUAAAAGUAGUCUCAAUAAAAAGAAGAAGAAAAUUAUUUCUUCCAUGUCCGGAAUGUUGCAGAAAGCGAAAAGAAAAAACUUUCAUCAUGCUCAAUCAUUGUCUGAUCCGGAACAGUCUGAACAUGAGUGGGGUAGUCAUCGGGCUAGUUCAAUGGUAUCUGAAGAUGACCGUUCCGAGGACAGUUGCAGUAUGUAUUCUGAGUCUAUGAACGAACGGGACAACCUAUUUGAGAAAAUGCCUGUUAAGUCAAAAGAUUCUCCUCCUUCUGCGUCAGGUGAUUCUGCAAAUAUAGAUACAGUUAAGUUACUGAGUCCAGUUCAUCAACAACAAUUUGAAACAAGCACUACGCCUAAUCAGGAUACAGAUGUAUCUGAUCACUUUGGCGGUGUUGAUGAAGAAAUAUCCGGAAAGAGUACUGGUAGUGGUUCAAGCGGAAUAUUCGCUACUAUAGGUGAAAAUAAACGUAACUCGGGUCCUUCUGAUAAAAGUGAAGAUUCUGCUGGAAGCGAAUGCAAGAGUUUCCCUCCUGUAACUCUUGGAGGAGCAAGUAUGGAAUUCGCUGUGUCUAGAGCGCUCGGCAAAUAUAGACAAAGGCAGACUUCAUCAUCUAUUUAUGACGAAUUAGAGGACGCCAGUAAUGACCGAAUCUCGGAUGGUGCGGAAAUUCCUCAACCGCCACCAAUGCCGGUACCCGUUGCUCCCAGCAUGACUAUUCCUAUUGUAUCUCCACAACCACAACAACCCCAGCCUAUAGUAGAAGAUGUUAUAAAGCCAGUUCGUAGUACUGAACCUAUUGCGAUAAAUGGAAGUAAUGCAAAUGUUAUAAAUGGUGAUUUUAAAAAGAUUCCAUCUUUGCUUGAACAAAAAUCAUCUGAAAGCUCUCAAAGCUUCGAGAAUCAUCGACCAGACAGUGAAGGUAGUCCUGCUUCUAGUUUCCGGGCUCAAUUUGGUCGAAUGUCAAGACAUCAAGCCAGUUUAGAAAUUCCAGGCUUUCGCGGUGACGAUGAUGAUAGUAGGAGUACUCAUUCAUGGCGUAGCACGUCAAGGGUUUCUUCUAGAAGACAAAGUACAGAAGAUAGUAUUGAUUCGGAAGAUGAAUGGUACUGCUAUGAAUUGAAAAAAUUAGAAGAAUUGGAACGCCAAACAGCUUUAGAAGCAGAAAUGGGUCCACCGGUGCAAGAAGUCGAAGAGGUUGAAGAAUCCUAUGAACCAGAUGAAGAAGUUAAGGAAAAAAUGUCAUUUGUAUUACGAGAGCUAAAAAUGAUUGUCAAACCUGUUGCUACUACUGACAUUGAGAAGAAUUUACUGGUUAUCAGUUCCGCAAAAGCUAGAGGUCAACAUCUUGACAUUGAAGAUGAUUCCAUUGAAGAAGAUGAUUACAAGCAAUCCAUAGAGUAUGAGGACGCUGUGGAAGCAGAGGAAGAUAAGAGCGUUGCUGACGACUCGUCGGGAGCCACAUCCGGGCCAGACAGUCCGCAGCGUAGCAUUAGCGAGUUUGAAGAAGCUGAAUCUGCCAUCGCGGAUGAAUUUGCCAGGUGCAAGAUUACGCUUCCCGAGCCCACAGUUUCAGCAAGUGUCAGCCCAAAGGCGACAUCCCCCAAGGAAGAAGUAGCAGUCCAGCAAGAAGAGAUUUUGCCGGCGGAUGUGCCAAAGAUCAAAAUUGAAGUGCCAGUCAGCGUUAUGGGCGAGGAUGACGGCAAAGACUCGGGGCCAUUGGGCAGCAAGUGGAAGCUGCUUAAGGCUUUAAAGGAGCGCAAAGCUGAAGAGAAGAGCAACCAGGAGAAAGUCACCGAAACCACGACGGAGAAAGAAAAGAAUGGCACCGGCCUUGGCGGAGACACAGCUGGCAGAGGCAAUGGGCAUCCGGGAGACAACCCGUUCUACAGCAACAUCGACAGCAUGCCCGAUAUCCGACCACGGCGAAAAUCAAUUCCACUGGUAUCCGACUUGACGAUGGCGGCGACCAAGCGCAACGCUGGCCUUACCUCCGCCGUCCCCAGGGCCACACUCAACGAUGAGGAAUUGAAAAUGCACGUCUACAAGAAGACGCUGCAGGCGCUCAUCUAUCCGAUCAGCAGUACAACGCCGCACAACUUUGUACUCUGGACGGCCACCUCGCCGACGUACUGCUAUGAGUGCGAGGGCUUGCUGUGGGGCAUCGCCAGGCAGGGUGUGCGGUGUACCGAGUGCGGUGUCAAGUGCCACGAGAAGUGCAAGGAUCUGCUCAACGCCGACUGCCUCCAGAUCAUGUACACAGGGGCCGCGGAGAAGAGCUCCAAGCAUGGCGCCGAGGAUAAAGCCAACAGCAUCAUCACGGCGAUGAAGGAACGCAUGAAGCAGCGCGAGCGAGAGAAACCCGAAAUCUUCGAGCUGAUCAGAACGACAUUUUCAGUGGACCCAGACACACACAUUGAUUCAAUCGAGCAGGCCGAAGAGAUGACCAUUGAGGGCACCUCCAAAUGGUCAUGCAAGAUUGCAAUCACAGUGAAAUCGGCACAAGGUCUCAUCGCAAAGGAUAAAAGUGGCACCUCAGAUCCGUACGUCACUGUGCAAGUCGGCAAAGUCAAGAAACGCACACGCACCAUGCCGCAAGAGCUGAAUCCUGUCUGGGAUGAAAAAUUUUACUUCGAGUGUCACAAUUCGUCGGAUCGUAUUAAAGUGAGAGUCUGGGAUGAAGACAACGAUCUGAAGAGUAAACUGAGGCAGAAGUUGACUCGCGAAAGUGACGACUUCUUGGGACAGACUAUUAUUGAAGUACGCACAUUAUCAGGAGAAAUGGACGUAUGGUACAACCUCGAGAAACGCACGGACAAAUCAGCAGUCUCUGGUGCGAUUCGUCUACACAUAUCCGUAGAGAUUAAGGGCGAGGAGAAGGUUGCGCCCUAUCACGUCCAGUACACCUGCUUGCACGAGAACCUCUUCCACUCGCUGUGUGAGCAAAACGCCGGUAUCGUCAACCUCCCGCAAGCCAAGGGCGACGACGCGUGGAAAGUGUACUUUGAGGAGGCGGCUGAGGAGAUUGUGGACGAAUUUGCCAUGCGUUACGGAAUUGAGUCCAUCUAUCAAGCCAUGACACAUUUUCACUGCCUUUCGACGAAAUACCUGUGUCCUGGCGUGCCGGCCGUCAUGAGCAUGCUGCUGGCUAACAUCAACGCCUACUACGCACACACAACGGCAUUGACGGCGGUUUCCGCCAGCGACAGAUUUGCUGCUUCAAAUUUUGGGAAAGAGAAGUUUGUCAAACUCUUGGAUCAGCUCCACAACUCAUUGCGUAUUGAUCUUUCGAUGUACCGCAACAACUUCCCAGCCUCCAGCAAUGAAAAGCUUAUGGAUCUUAAGUCUACUGUGGAUCUUCUCACAAGCAUCACGUUCUUCCGAAUGAAGGUUCAGGAAUUAUCCAGCCCGCCACGUGCUAGCACCGUUGUCAAAGACUGUGUUAAAGCAUGUUUACGUUCAACUUACCAGUUUCUCUUCGAGAACACCUACGAACUGUACAAUCGCGAGUUUCAAAGCGAUCCCAAUGAACCUAAACGAGAUCCUGAGGACCAUGGUCCUCGCUUGGAUAGUGUUGACUUCUGGCAUAAACUCAUUGCGUUGAUUGUAUCCGUCAUUGAGGAGGAUAAAAACAGCUAUGGGCCUGUAUUGAAUCAAUUCCCUCAAGAGUUGAAUAUUGGUCAGCUGUCCGCCUCAACAAUGUGGAGUCUCUUCGCGGUGGAUAUGAAGUACGCGCUAGAGGAGCACGAGCAACACCGAUUAUGCAAAUCAUCGGCGUAUAUGAACCUCCACUUCAAGGUGAAGUGGUUGUACACGAACUACGUGAAGGACGUGCCGCCGUAUAAGGGUGCCGUGCCCGAGUACCCCGCUUGGUUCGAACCGUUUGUUAUGCAGUGGUUGAACGAGAAUGACGACGUAUCCUUGGAAUACCUCCACGGUGCCUUCAAACGUGAUAAGAAGGACGGCUUCCAAAAGAGUAGCGAACACGCACUUUUCUCGAACUCGGUGGUGGAUGUGUUCACGCAACUCACGCAGUGCUUCGACGUUGUCUCUAAACUUGAAUGUCCUGAUCCCGAAAUCUGGAAGCGGUACAUGAAGCGAUUUGCGAAAACGAUCGUUAAGGUGCUGAUGGCGUACGCUGAUAUCGUUAGAGAAGAAUUCCCCGAACACCUUAAGGAGGAAAGAAUAGCUUGCAUAUUGAUGAACAAUAUUCAACAAUUGCGGGUUCAACUAGAAAAAAUGUUCGAAAGUAUGGGAGGAGAAAAAUUGGAGCAAGAUGCAGCAACUAUUCUGAAUGAUCUACAAACCAACCUCAACUCAGCACUCGAUGUUCUUGCGCAAGACUUUGCUGUCAGUUUAGAACCUAGAAUAACAGUCAGUGUGAAAGAGUUGGGAGAUCUACUUAUGUCUAUCAAGGGAGGUGGUCAACCAGGCACAAAUCAACAAGCCGCACGCAAUGCAGUCACAGGUGAAGCUGAUGAAGUCCUCACACCACUCAUGGACCUUCUCGAUGGAUCCCUAUCAUUGUACGCUCAAUCAUGCGAGAAGACUGUACUGAAGCGGCUGCUCAAAGAGCUCUGGAAAAUUGUCAUGCGAAUCCUCGAGAAGACCGUAGUGUUACCACCAAUGACCGAUAAGACGAUGAUGUUCAAGAGCAUAACAGACAACGCCAAGAAUCUAGCUGCAAACACCAAGAUAGAGGAUAUGUCGCGGCUGUUUAAAAACGUUACAGGCAAGCAGGAUGUGAAGAAUGCUCUCAGUGGUGUGAUGGACAUUUCCAAAGACUUUGAAAAGAAUCUGAGUCCUAAGCAGUGCGCUGUUUUGGAGGUGGCGCUAGACACUAUCAAGCAGUACUUCCAUGCAGGUGGCAACGGUCUGAAAAAAGCUUUCCUGGACAAGAGUGCUGAAUUACAGAGUCUGCGUUAUGCCUUAUCGCUGUAUACACAGACAACGGAUGCACUUAUUAAAACUUUCGUUACUACCCAGUUGAACGAAGUGCCGCUGAACAAUAAAGAUACAUAUCUGCAACGGCAAAUCUCGAUACGCGACGAUGACGAAACCGAAACGGGAUUAGAAGCGUUAGAGCAGCCGCUCAAAGCCAAACGCAGAGAGAGUGAAACACGUCAAGACUCAGUGGAGGGACAAGAAGGCAGCGUGGGCGAAGUGUCAAUUCACGUGGAACUCUUUGCUCAUCCAGGAAAGGGUGAACAUAAAGUAACUGUGAAAGUGAUUGCUGCUAAUGAUUUGAAGUGGCCACAAGGCACUGGUUUUCGGCCCUUCGUGGAGGUCAAUCUCAUCGGACCUCAUUUAUCGGACAAGAAAAGGAAACAAGCGACUAAGUCAAAGUCGAAUAAUUGGUCACCAAAAUAUAACGAGACAUUUUACUUUACAAUUGGUAAUGAAGAACAAUUGGACUGUUUUGAGCUGCACAUUUGCGCUAAGGACUACUGCUUUGCGAGGGAUGAUCGACUUGUAGGCGUAGCCGUAAUGCAAUUGAAGGAUAUUGUUGAUCGGGGAUCAUUUGCUUGCUGGUUAUCGUUAGGCAAGCGCAUCCAAAUGGACGAAACUGGCUGGACGAUUCUUCGUAUUCUAUCACAGCGCACCAACGACGAGGUGGCCAAGGAGUUUGUCAAGCUGAAGUCCGACACACGUCCGGAGAACCCUCUCUCGCAGCAGUAAACAUCUUCACAUACCGGAGUAAUACGUGAAGUACACUCGAAACGAGAGCAACAAAUUACCAAACAUAUGCAGGACUGUGUUCAUGGAAAUCGUAUGGCGUGACAAACUCGUAAACAAUUUAAAACUACAUGAUUCAAAUGGGCCGUCCUUUAAACAUAUUUAAACCAAAACAAAGAAACAUAAAAACUAUACGAGUGAACCGAUUGCACAUGGCAGGCAAGCGCUGGAGAUGGAUUCGUCGUUGCAAUAGUGCUACGUAUAACUGCUGUUCCCAACGUUUUAUAUAUUACAUGUGCCUCCACCACAACCCGACAAAUGCGUCAACAUGUGAAGAUUGCGCGAGGUGAAUGCGAGAAACUAUCUGUUUUCCGAAUUGUACAUUAAUGUAUCGUUAAUCUGUUGAAAACAAAUGAAACACAAGGAAACACAAAUGAAUAAUUAAACAGUCGUAAUGUUGUGUACAUCAUUGCGCAGAACAACUUUAAUGUUAAACUUCUCUCAUGUAAUUGUACUUUCAAAAAUGUGAUUCAAGUAGAUUAAGGGAUUUAAGUAAUAAAUAUCGCAACAUAGAUAUUUUUUUAUGCAUGAGAGAACAUCCUGAUUUUGGCAAAACCGAAAACAUCUAUGUAUGAAGAGAAAUUUAUCUAAAAGAAUAUGAAAGAAACGUUAUGUACGAUGCGGAGGAUGUAUUGUUACACUGAUAUCAGUAAUAACAAAUUGAGCCUUAAAUUUUUAUUCUCCAUUCUCACUUUUUUCAUGCUUCUCAAGACUAUAUUGUAACUAUUGCAACUAAACUUCUUGUACAUUGCGAUUACAUUGGUGCAAAAUAUGCAACAAGAAAACUUACAAGAAAUAACUCGACUUGAAAUUUUUAAUGAAAGAACAUGUUUUAACUUCUUCACUGUGAUAUUUAAGUACAGUGUGUUGUUGUGUCGUCUGUGUUGUGCUCUACUACUGUAAUUUGUGCCGAAAAAAGUAAAUUACUUAGUCCCUGAUGAGCAUCAGAAGCGUCAACUUGUAAGGACAAUGAAAAAGUGUAAUGGGGAUAGAAACCAAACGUUAAAAAUAAACGUUUUUCACAUCAGAAGCAUAACAAAGCAAAUGAUUUAAAUAUUAAUGCGAUUAUUAAAUAAUAUUUAAAGUUAAAAUACGUUUUCGUACAUAUAAAGCAAGAAUUGACUUCACGUUUAGGACCGUAACUUAAACAAACAUGUAAGAUUUAUGAAAAACAAAACUUAGCGAAUAUGGAGAAAUCAUGACAUCGUAAAAAUCAUGAGAAAAUGUAAAAUUGCGGCAACAUAUUACCAUUUCAUCUUGUAUAAAGUUCACGCUCACCGAACGUCUAAUAAGUAAGAAACAAAUGAAUUCAGACAAUAUUCAGCAGUAACAAAGCGACAAGAUAAGGCGCGCUGGGCUUUAAUGACACAAACAAUUGAACACGAAAUAAACUGGCGACGAGUUGGACAUGAUUUCAAUGGAAUUCGAUGAUUACAAUUGAAAUCAAUGCAAACGUAGCCAACGUAGAUCAAACAAGAGAACAAAAAUUGAACACACAUAAGCUGCACACGUUUCAGUUCCGAAUUUGUAGUUGAAUCACAUUCGAGCCAACUACAAGACGAACGGCCAUGUUGUUUGUCUUUAAUCUAGGAACAAACAUAAAACAAGUUGGGUAAUUUGCGUUGACAUUGGCUUUAGGCAUACAUCAUAAAAACGAAUUCAACCAUGACUGACUGGUAAAAAUGUGUACAAAAUCAGUUUGGAUCACGUUCUUCCACACUUCUUACACUUUGCGAACAUGAACAUGAACGGUUUAAUAGAGCAAGCAGGCAGUGAACAAAUGUAAAUGAAUUGUACCUUACCGUAGCGGUGUACAAAUUACCUAGCAAAUUCUUCAAACACUAUUAUAAACGUCAUAUCUUCGAUUUUUUAUUAUAAAUCUCUCCGAUUAACGAUUACUUAAUGUAUUUAGGUGUAUUCAUAAUGUUCUCUAUAGCAGUGUUGCAAAUGCAGGCGAAACAUGAAAUUACAUUGACCUAGAACGAAACAGUGGAGAGUUAAAUAUAUUAGGACGAAAACCGAAACAUGCAAUGGCGGAUCUGGGAAUCUGUCGAUCAUAUUAUACGUGUGUACAAUGCUAAUUUGUGGAUUUCAUUCAACGUCAUAUCCAGUUGCGGUGCUCUUCGUACGAUUUAUGAGAUUACGAGAAAAUGAACACAAGAUAAAACAAAUAAUAAUAAAUAAAAGUAAAGAAUAUAUGAAUAUAUUAAACAAAAUGUAUAAAAAAUGAAUAGAUAACAUAAUGUUUAUUAUGUAAUGUUUGUUACGUUUUUCAUAAAUAACUUGAAUAGCAAAUUUGUAAUUGUACUCAAAGGAAUAAAUUUUAAACAUCUAAUCGCAUCACAUAACGACCAAACGAACUAUGAUUUCGCUUGAUUCCUUUUUGGUGUACAUUUAAAUGUAACUAAACAUGAAAAACCAAAAAUAAAUUAUACGUAACUGUUUAAGAUUGUAUGCAUUGCGAUUGCAUGCACAAAUUACCAACAUUGAUAUGUGUACACACUUUAAAUAAAUUUAUUGUAUUGUACUCGUACUUUGCGAUUAAAAACACCUCGUACACGAGACAUAUUUGGCGAUUUUUGUUAAAAAGAAGAGAACUAUUUGUUGAAACUACAAGUAAAUGAUAAACUAAAAAAUGCAAAGAAAAAUUCAAUGUACAUUAUUAUACAAAUCAACUACGUAUACACAUUAUUCUAUUAUUGUUGAACAAAACCUGUCUCCCUUUUUAUUAUUGACUUGAACUUGUAAAUAUUAUAUCAUCUAUACAUAUAAUAACUAGCAUUUAAGUACAUAAAGAAGGAAUAUACUAAAUUCGCUGUAUAUUAUUACCUCUCUUGCGAAAAUUGAGUCUUAAAACUACGUCAAAACUAUUUGUUAAUAAUAACUAAACAAAAAUGUCGCAACCAAAAAAAAAAACGCCAGGUCAGCAACAACAUAACACAUGAUUAAUACGAAAAUGCGAAUCAAUGAAAGCAUUUAUGAUGAAAAUGAACUAUUACGAUGUAAUACGGACCAUUAUUUGUUUAUUAUUCAAAUUAUUAUAUUCAAAGAUCAUUACAUGUUAUUAAAUUGAAAAUCCUGAAAUUAAUAAGAUUAUUAAAUAAAACACACGCAACAAAACAA